AUUUUGUCCUCGGGAACCCAUUUCUUCUUCUUUUUGACGCCGUCGGUUGGUUUUGUUGAAUUCUUCCAGUUGCCUUCUUUCCGUGGGAAAGUAUUUUUCUUCAUUUUCUGAUUUAUCGAAGCCAUUACACUUGAAUAAUAUAAAGUGUUUGCGCGCGUGGUCCGACUGCGUAGUCCUUGGCGGUCGCGGAGUGAUGACGUUUGACGACAGACGUGAGUAACCGAGCUCAGUUUAGCAGAUAUAUAUGGUGUACAUUUCCCUUAUCCGCUUUAAUUUUUAAGUUAAAAUUUCAUUAUUAAAAUAUUAAAUUAGACUGCAAAUAGGACUAACUAACAAAAGCUCAGAAGAGGCCUUCCAGGCGCCUUAAGCAAAAUCGAUUAUAUGUUUUCAACUACUAAUGCCUGGAAAAUAUAGGCAGUUGACUACAGGCUCGAUUCACGUCAGUCUUCCGUACUUUUGCAGUUUUUCAACAUGAUUCCCUUCUCGAUCGACCUCACGGAGGUCCAGAAACGAAUAGAUAAAGUCACUCGGUUUUUAGGUGUAACUCUGAGCAUCGCCAACGCUCACACUGUGGAGUUCUACACACACGACGUGUGGAGCCGUUUUGUGGCCGUGUCAUCCGAGGAGGUUCUGUCUGCCAUUGGCACAAGCGGCCACCAGGGGGAGCCACAAGUCAUAAAAGAAGAGCCAUCCAAGACCACAUUUGGGUUUUGCCACGAUACAAACCGCCUGGUUGAUGUCCAUGAACUUUUGCGAGAAGCAAAGGCCCACUCAAUUCCUGGUCUGGGACUCUGCAUGAGCCGCAAUGAGCUUCUGGAGGUCCUCAGACGAAACAUGUCUGAAUUGGGCGAUACUUCCACGGAUGAGUUGGAGCCUGACGAGUUUAUGAACACAAAGAAAUCCCAUGAGGUCCAAUCCAUGUCGGAGUUGGUGGACUGUUUAGCCAAGUGCUGUGGAGUCAAACAGGUGAUAGACGUGGGUUCAGGGAAGGGCUACCUGAGCUCCUUCCUGUCCCUGCAGCACGGCCUCAGGGUCUUCGGCAUUGACUCGUCCAGCACCAACACGCACGGCGCCCAGGAGAGAAACCGGAAGUUGAAGAAGUUCUCCAAAGUCUACCACAAACGCAGGAAGGCUAAAAGGGAAGAAGAAGAAGAAGAGGGGCAUCAGGAAGAGGUUGCAGAGCUGAAAACUGGAGAUGAAGGUGGGCCACGGGAGGUGCUGCAGAUACCAGACUCUGCAGAGGACACGGAGGAGCUCUUCCUCAGCGCCUUGUCAUUGGACGUGAUGCAGCCUGGGAGGACGUCUCCUCGGUCGCUGACUGAUGAGGAGAGGGAGAGGAGGAAGAAGGAGAACCUGGAGAGGAAAGCCCAGAACAGGAGCAGCAGCACAGACGCCGUCUUCUCACCGCUCACGUCAUACGUUACCGCGGAAACGGAGCUUAGGGAACUCAUCGAUGACCUGGAGGAUGCGGUCUUGGUGGGCCUGCACACGUGUGGCGACCUGGCUCCCAGCACCCUCAGGAUGUUUGUGGCGAAAGCGGAGCUGCUGGCCGUCUGCAGCGUGGGAUGCUGCUACCAUCAGCUCUCUGAGGAGUUUCAACCUGACCUGCAGGAUUGUUUAGGUUCCGUGUUCGGUUUCCCCCUGAGUCAGCACCUCCGCCGCCACUCGUGGUUCUGCGGCAGAAACGCCCGCAUGUCGGCAUGCUUGGCGCUGGAGAGAGUUGCAGUGGGCCAGGGGAUCCAAAUGGAGUCUCUGUUCUACCGGGCUGUCCUGCAUGUUAUCCUCAGGGAUCACUACCACACCCAUAAAAGUGACAAGCGAGUGGGGAAUGUCUACUCCAAGGCUAAAUCCUUUGAGGAUUACAUUCGGCGGGCUCUUCGCAAACUGGACCUGGACGAUUCGCAACUUUCUGACGGGGACAUCCGACGGUACCACGAUGCCUUCAGCCCGCGCCGGUCAGAAAUGCAUGCCUUUAAUCUGUUGAAGGUGACUCUUGCGCCCUGCAUUGAAGGCCUCAUUCUCUUGGAUCGCCUCUGCUUCCUUAAAGAACAGGAAGAUGGAUCUUUCGCUGCUUUGGUGCAACUUUUCGACCCGCUUCUGUCACCAAGAUGUUACGCUAUCGUAGGACUGAAGGACGAAAGGAACAGGAAGUCACCAAAAUGCGAUGGCAUUAAUUCCUAGGAUUUGCUUUACAUUAUUUAAAAAAUGAAUUGGACUUUUAAAAAAUGAAUUGGACUUUUACUAAUGAGAUUCUCAGAUGAAUUAUAACAAUAAGGUCGUACUGUCAAACAAACUUGGUGGCAACUUUUUCCCCCACUUGUGAUGCCAAGGUACUACAUUACUGUUGGACUGAUGGACCAUACAAACAGUCACCAAAAGGUGUUGCUAGUCAUUCCUAAGAUCUGUUUUCCGGGGCUUUUUAAAAGUAAAGUGAGGUUUUACUGAUGAGCGUCUCAGAUGGAUCAUCUCGAUUAAGUCGUACAAACAAAAACUAAUUAUUAGUUGGCGGUGCAUUAAAAUUAGAUUUAAACAAAAAACAUGUUGCAGAAAUCCCAAUCAUAGACACUCAGUUCUAUAAAUCCACAAUUUCCAGUAAAUAUUUGGACUAAUUUGUCAAAAGGUGGACUUGGUUCUGUUAGAUCAGUGAACCAUUGUUGGGCUGCAACCAAUAAAUAUGUGUUUCUCA